CGGUACUGCCGUGGGCACUUCGCCCGUGCCAAAGCGUUCACAGGCGGAGGAUAGUCCUCCCCCAGCUGCUAUCAGGGCAGGAGAUGUUGACACCUAUGCGUCCAACUGCAAAUGAAUCGCGCAUGGGCGAAGCCGCUGCUCCCGCACUGACUGUAACGCAGUCAGUUCUUCUUCUAUUUAUUUUUUUAAGAGUGUCAGAGCAGCAUGGAGAUCCUUAACCUGGUGAACCUUGCUCUGCAAUUAACAGCCACUCUUCAACACAUGCUCGGCAUCCAACUAGAGACUUGCAGCAUAUGGGAAAACAUGGGUUCCUGCAUUAGAGCUACAAGGAAUCUUGUGCAAUUGUGUCAGCGUGGGGUGGGGUGAGAGUAUGAAGCAGACCAGCUCUAACACUCUACAACUUCCUCUUAGUAGUGACAGAAAAACACAAGCAGGGGCUAAACAAUCGGAAUCAUGGAUUACGGUGAUUAUAAUAACACAUAUCCUGACAUUAUUGAGUCUGUGACUCCUGAGAUUCAGCCGAUCCAGAUAGUGGCCCUGGUCAUGUACAGCCUUGUGGUCCUGCUGGGUGUGCCUGGAAAUGCUCUGGUGGUGUGGGUGACGGGGUUCUGCAUGUCCCGCUCUGUCACCUCCCUCUGGUUCCUCAACCUCGCUCUGGCUGAUCUUCUGUGCUGCCUCUCCAUCCCCUUGCUUAUGGUCCCUCUGGUCCACGACGACCACUGGCACUUUGGUCCGCUGGCCUGCAUGCUCAUCAGAGGCCUGUUUUACCUGGUGAUGUACUGCAGCAUCCUGCAACUGGUUGUGAUCAGCUUGGAUCGUUUGUUGCUGGUCAUCAGACCCAUCUGGUGUCAGAACCACAGGCGACCCAAACAGGGUGCUUAUGGAUGUGUUGCUGUGUGGGUCCUGGCCUUGAUAGGCAGUAUCCCACAGUUUGUGUACGCCAAGGAGAUUGAGGCAGGUGACGAGAAGAGAGAGUGUAGGAUGGAGUACACUGUAGACAGUGCCUGGCCUGUCUCUGUUUUUCGCUUCCUGAUUGGAUUCAUUAUUCCUUUCCUGGCUAUUCUAGUUUGUCACUUGGUGGUCUUCAACAAGACACAGAGGGGAAUGACACGAGGUCGGACCCGGUCCAAGAAAACACUGAGGGUCAUCAUCGCUGUGGUGCUGAGCUUCUUCUUGUGCUGGCUACCUCUGCACAUUGUGGAUUUCCUCAUGCUGACCACCCCUCGGGUUUCCUCUGCGAGCCCCAAACUUCACCUGGCACACGUUAUAGCGCUCUGCCUGGCUUACUUCAACAGCUGCCUCAACCCUAUGCUCUAUGUGUGUCUGGGUCAAAGCUUCAAAGACAGCAUGAACCGCUCCCUGCGUAACAUCCUCCACUUUAUCGGCGAGGACCCGACCACCAAGAAGAGUGUAACUAAUGUGGACACCAAGAGCACCAGUAAUGGCAACGAGAUGACAAAAAUAUGAUCGUGCACUGACUGUAAUACUUUAGCAAUAGAAUAAUGGUUUCGCAAAAGAAUAAGUAAUUUCUGCUGACCUUUGCAUGGAUAUGAGCACAUAGAUAUGACAGUAAAAUCACUUGGUGUGUAUAAGUAAAAAAGAUCUGUGGAUGCAAAUACUCUGCCUUUACUUUUUGAGUCAAUAAGAUUUUUUUUCUGGUUAAGUUGGGUGGUAAGUAAAUAUGUUUCCAAGAAUCUUUUAGGGUUUAAACUGCAGAAGUAUUUCAAUAAUUACAAAACAAUGCAGUAAUGUCCAGUUGUGUAAGUGUUGUUUUCAUAAACCACAAGAGGGAGAAACACUCUUCUGAUGCUCAGUUGCUUAACUCUUUCCCCUUUCAAAGCCUACUUGGGUUCCCUCUUGAGGAUCUUUUUAUAUUUCAGGCCUGUUACCCUUGGAAAGAUAUUCUGAUGGUUGUAUGUUGUGACAAAGAGACUGGAGUAGAGGCAAGACUGAAAUGGUUUGGACAUGUGCAGAGGAGGGACAGUGAAUAUACUGGACAAAGGACGUGGAAUAUGGAGUGCCUGGGAGGAAGAGAAGAGGAAGGCCUAGCAGAUUCAUGGAUAUCAUGAGAGGACAAGAGGGCUUGUGUGACAGAGGCGGAUGCUUGGAAUAUGGUGAGAUGGUGGUAGACCUCUGCUCCGGUGACCUCUAAAGCAAGCAGCUGAAAGAAGUUGUGGAAAAGACCUAAACAGAGUUGUCAAAUGAUCAGACAAAGAGUUUGCAGACUGUGCUAGAAAAACUCUUCUGGGGACUUGUCAGACAUUUCGCAAUAUGUGAAGUUAAUAUAUACAAACAGUUUUUUUCUUCCUGGUAUAACUUAAUAUACUUCCAGGUUAAAUUUACUUUGUGGAACCACCUACUUUGACUUUUAUGAGUAAAGCAACAAAUGUAAUUCACUCAUGUACAUCCAGAGGGUCUUGACAAUUUAGAUGUCACAGUUUAGGUUUUCUUUUGUCGUUUUACAGCAGGUGUGUCAAACUCCAGGCCUCGAGGGCCGGUGUCCUGCAGGUUUUAGAUAACACCC